CAUGCAGGAUGAGCUUGGGAAACACAACCCAUGAGCAAAGGCUGGCCCUGGGGCUACCCAGGAUGGUAUAAAACCCACUCUGAGCACAGGAUCCCUCAUCCACCUCUCCUGCCUUCUCCUCCUCGGUGACACAGGUUCUCCUCCAGCCCCAGCCAUGUCCUGCUACGACCUGUGCCGGCCCUGCGGCCCCACCCCGCUGGCCAACAGCUGCAACGAGCCCUGUGUGCGGCAGUGCCAGGACUCGCGGGUCAUCAUCGAGCCGUCCCCCGUGGUGGUCACCCUGCCCGGGCCCAUCCUCAGCUCCUUCCCCCAGAACACCGCCGUGGGAUCCUCCACCUCCGCCGCCGUGGGCAGCAUCCUCAGCGAGUCCGGGGUCCCCAUCAACUCGGGGGGCUUUGGGCUCUCGGGGCUCUCUGGCCUCGGUGGCCGCUACUGCGGCCGCAGGUGCCUGCCCUGCUAGAGCCGGGCCGCACGUCCAGCGAGUGCCUCCCCAGGCCAAGUGUCCCCUGGAGCUGCUGGCCAGCGUUUCCAGAGGCCUUGGGGGUCCCUGCAGCCCUCCUGCCAAGGAGGGAGGCAAACGUGGCCACCUGAGGCUUCUGCUUGUCCUGCUUUCCUCUGCGCCUCCCC